ACCGUGGGGCGGGAGUGCGGCAGGCUGGAGGGGACGCCUGGGUGACCGCUACCGGGCAAGCAACAGCCAUGGCCGGCGUGGUGGACUUCCAGGACGAGGAGCAGGUGAAGUCUUUCCUGCAGAACCUGGAGGUGGAAUGCAACUAUCAGUGCUACCAUGAGAAGGACCCAGACGGUUGCUAUCGUCUGGUGGACUAUUUGGAAGGAAUCCAGAAGAAUUUUGAUGAGGCUGCCAAAGUGUUGAAGUUCAACUGUGAAGAGAACCAGCACAGUGACAGCUGCUACAAACUGGGGGCCUAUUAUGUGACUGGGAAAGGUGGACUGACUCAGGACCUGAAAGCUGCCUCUAACUGCUUUUUGAUCGCAUGUGAGAAGCCAGGAAAGAGGUCCAUGCAGGCAUGUCACAAUGUUGGUCUCCUGGCACAUGAUGGAAAGGUCAAUGAGGACGGUCAGCCUGACCUGGGGAAGGCCAGGGACUACUACACAAGGGCCUGUGAUGGCAACUAUGCUGCCAGCUGUUUCAACCUCAGUGCCAUGUUCCUCCAGGGUGCCCCUGGCAUCUCCAAGGACAUGAACCUGGCAUGCCAGUACUCAAUGAAAGCCUGCGACCUGGGCCAUGUCUGGGCCUGUGCCAAUGCUAGCCGCAUGUACAGGUUAGGGGAUGGUGUCGAUAAGGAUGAGGCCAAGGCCGAGGUGCUAAAAAAUCGGGCCCAGCAGUUGCAUAAGGAACAGCAGAAAAGUGUCCAUCCUUUAACAUUUGGGUAGCGUGGCCCAUCCUCCGAGGCAAGAAAUAACUUGAGGCUGUCACCUCCCCGUUUCUGAGAAUUGAUGCAGCCCUUGGAGGUCAACUUUCUGGAGCAGGAAGACUUGGUACUUGAUACUAGUAGCUCUGGUUACAUAGACCCAUUGACCCGGAGUGUCACCCACUGGGAUGUAGCCUCCAAGUUCAUUUCAGUCAGUAUUCCUUUAUCUGGGUGUGUUCUGUGAAGGCACCCAAAUUCAGGGAGUCUUUGCUCUCAAACUCCUAUAGCCCUUUGAAAAAUAGGAGCAAGUUUGACAGCCAUAGACAUUUGUGGAGGGAAAAAAAAAAUUGCAGGAAGUUGGAGAAAUUAGAAGCUGCAGGAAUAAUAAUAAUCAGACAUUAUUAUUAUUAUUACUGCUACUGCCUCAAUGAGGAGAACUUGAAAAUCAAGUGUCUUGAUUUACAUAACAGAGAGCUCAAGGAGCUAAGAACAGUUAAACAGUCACAACUGCCACCCUCUCUCUGACUUGCAUCAUCGUUGAUGUGAGCUUCCUUUUGCCUUUAGGAUAAGAUCUUUAAAUAAUUUAAAUUCAUGGAGGUCAGGAGGUAUGUGCAACGCAAAGGUUAAAGGUUGCUAUGCUUCGGGGCUGCUAAAGUGAAUGAAGGAUAAGGCUGGCUUCCUCUGGAGAAGACUUUCUUAGUUACAAAUUAGCAUCCCCAGUCUGCUCACUUGGCAGCGUUCAUCAUGCUAAGUGAGCAGAUUAUUCCCAAGGCAACUUCAGCCAGAAAUCUGUAAGCAAGGACCUUAUGACACGUUUUUUCCCCUAAAUAAAUUAUUUUGAUUUA